CAGCAAGGUAAUACGAUGGCUGCUGUACUUGAGCACGGAGAUGUUGCACUAUAUGAGGAGGAACAGGACUUCUUCCAAGAUAUUGAUCUGCUACAGAAUCAUGGAAUCAAUGUUGCGGAUAUCAAAAAACUUAAAACUGCAGGGAUCUGCACAAUUAAAGGACUUCAAAUGAUAACGAAGAAAAAACUCUGCGCCAUCAAAGGACUGUCUGAAGCUAAGGUGGAUAAGAUCAAGGAAGGAAUCUUGAAGAUCUGUGGAACAAGUGCCGGGUUCUGUACUGCUCUUCAACAGUCUGUUCGGAGGAAGAACGUGUUCAGGGUAACUACUGGAUCUAAUGAACUGAACAAGCUGCUAGGCGGAGGAAUCGAAUCAAUGGCGAUCACAGAGGUGUUCGGAGAGUUUAGGACUGGGAAAACACAGUUAGCUCACACCCUGUGCGUUACAACUCAGCUGCCUGGGGAGAACGGGUUUACCGGGGGUAAAAUUGUCUACAUAGAUACAGAGAACACCUUCAGACCUGACAGAUUGAGACCUAUUGCCGACAGGUACAACCUUGAUCAGGAAGCAGUGUUGGAUAAUGUUCUCUACACUAGAGCCUACACUAGUGAACAACAGAUGGAGUUGCUUGACCUUGUGUGCGCUAAGCUGCAUGAGGAGGCGGGGAUCUUCAAGCUCCUCAUCGUGGACAGUAUCAUGGCUCUCUUCAGGGUAGAUUUCUCCGGUAGAGGGGAGCUAGCAGAGAGACAGCAGUCACUAGCUCAGAUGCUUUCUAAACUACAGAAGAUAUCCGAGGAGUACAAUGUAGCUGUAUUUGUGACUAACCAGAUGACCUCCGACCCCGGAGCAUCUCUCUCCUUCCAGGCGGAUCCUAAGAAACCAAUCGGAGGAAAUAUACUGGCGCAUGCUUCAACCACUAGAAUAUCCCUGAGGAAGGGUAGAGCAGAGCUACGGGUUGCCAAGAUCUUCGAUAGUCCGGAUCUACCAGAGAGCGAAGCAACCUUCGCGAUAACAUCCGGAGGAGUCGACGAUGCAAAGGAUUAAUCGUCAAAACCGAAAAUAUCCAUCUUUUCACUAUUAUAAAAGUGAAGUGUGUUUGGUCCUUUUUCUGUUAACAUAUUUUUAUGAAUUUUAGCCGAUUUUGUAAAUUAUUUGUCAUGGUUCAAAUAUGUAAUCCAAAUAUUAUUUGAUAAAAUAUGUAGUUUUU